AGAGGUCCAAUUCCUCUGUCUCAAGAAGACCCUAAAAAAAAAACACACCAGGAAGCAACCUUCUCUUUCCCUACUACUUCUCCGUCUCUGUCUCCGCUCACCGCUUUUGCCUUCUCUGCUUCUUCGGAGCUCCAACGUACUUGUCUGAUCCUCUUUUUGAGUUUUUCGCGGUGGGCUUGACGUUUAGGUUAAUGGGUUCGUCGAAUAUUAGAGACCUCUUGACGGCGUUUAGUCCUUUGCAGGACUUCGUCGCCAUUAGCGCCGGUGAUGGUCGAAUUAAGAUAUGGGACACUGUGAAGGGUCAGGUUCAGACCGAGUUUACGGACAUCAUGGAAUCGGAAGAGACAAGCAUAUAUAAGAAGCAAGAAAGAGGGCACCUUUCAGUUGAUUACACGUGCAUGAAGUGGUUCUCUUCAGAAGCAAAGAAGAAAAAAAGGAAGAUUGGAGAUUCAUUUUUAGUUUUAGGAACUGCCAGUGGUGAUGUUUUGGCUCUUGAUGUGUCUGCUGGGCAGUUAAAAUGGAAAAUCAAUGAUUGUCAUCCUGGGGGUGUUAGUGCUGUAUCAUUUUCGAGAAAAGGUUCAUGCAUUUAUGCAGCUGGGUCCGAUGGGAUGGUUUGCCAAAUUGAUCCUAUGUCGGGAAAUCUGUUGGGAAAGUUCAAAGCUUCCACAAAGGCAAUAUCUUCUAUGUCUGUUUCACCAGAUGGCAAUAUAUUAGCAACUGCAGCUGGGAGAUUAAGGAUUUUCAAUUGUUCUAACGUCAAGAAGAUACAGAAGUUUUCUGGUCAUCCAGGAGCUGUUCGCUGUUUGAUUUUUUCUGAAGAUAGUAAGUAUGUGCUAUCAUCUGCUGUUGGUGAAAGAUAUGUUGCGAUAUGGAAUAUAGGUGGUAGCAAAUCAGUAAGCUGCGUACUAGCAAUGGAGCACCCUGCUGUUUUCCUAGAUAGCAGGUGUAUUCACAGCGGAGAAGAUGAUAAUGCUGGUCUAUGUGUGUUGGCCAUUUCGGAAAUUGGUGUUUGUUAUCUUUGGUUUGGACAGAAUGUUGACGAAUUAAGGAAUACUAAGCCCACAAAAAUCUCAAUAUCUUCUGAAGAUAUUUCCUUGAAAAGUCAUAACGCUGCAUUACCUACAAUAUUUGCUGCUAUAUUGCGAGGCUUUUCUAAACCUGCUUCUGGGAAGAUAUUUGUUGCAUAUGGACAACUAGUAAAGCCAUCAUUUGAAAAAAUUCUGUUGCAUUCUGGUACAGACAUAGAGUUGAGUACUUCCCAUGAUGGGGUUCUUCUACCAAUGAGUCAGUAUCUUUCUAAAUCCAAAAAAGGACAAGAUGUACAAAAUAGAGUUAUUGCGUUGGACCGUGCAAAUGCUGAGGAUGCUUUACUUCCUAUCCCAAAGAUAUUGGAUCCUGACAGGAAAAGUGAUGCUGAGUUUAUGAAGAGCGAAGAUGACAUGGUAGAAAUGGAACUUGACACUGAAGCAAUCUGCAUAGAGGACCGGCUAAGGUCAUUAGGAAUUCUUAGUAAAGAAGAUAAUAGUGCAUCAAAGUCCAAAGUUAACUCCAAUAUAUUUAAUGGUGUUGAUCUAAAAGUUAAUAUGCCACAAAAGAAGAUGAAGGCAGUUGUUUUGUCAAAAAUACCUGAUGAUGCAUACAAAUUACUAGGAGUCUUGGUGGCCAUGUGGCAAUCAAGAUUGUGUAGUGGAAAGCAUGUUCUUCCAUGGAUUUACAGCAUAUUGGUGAAUCAUAGUCAUUACGUGGUUUCUCAAGAACCAGCUACGCAAUUGCUAAACUCCUUGGUCAAGGUUGCAAAAUCUAGAGGUGCUGCAAUUCAACCUUUACUACAAUUGUCAGGUCGUUUGCAACUUUUGACAGCACAGAUUAAUAAGGCAACCCAAGCCAAAACGCAAUUCGACCAUGAGCACCAGAUGGAUGAAACUGAUGAUGAUGAUGUAGAUGAAAUUCUCUAUAGGGAAGAAGAAGAAGAAGAAUCUGAAUUAAGCAGUGACAAUGACGAGUAGGAGCAUAUUUUAGGUAGAGGCCUGAUACUUUGUACCAAAUCUUCAAAGAUAGAGGCCUAAAAUAUUGCUGGCCAGCUGUCAACUUUGCAUGAACUGGUGGAGUGUAUCUGUUGUUGCCAAGAAGCUGUUCAGUGUGCUGUUUAGCUGGGAUUCUGUCUCAUCAUGCCCUGCCAAACAGCCUAAAAUUUUGUUUCCCUCAAUUUUACCUCUUCUCAUAAUCUCAUUGUUAUGAAAAUUGGAUUUCUUUCAGUAAUAUAAUCAAUUGUAACUCUGUUUUAUGCCUCUU